UCUUUAGAAUCCUCGUCUAUGCGCCAAGCCUGUCGCGAUGCCCACGCCUCACGCUACAAACCCCCGAACCCUACAAAUAAGUCUGUCAGCUGAUUAUCUAAUGAUAGUGAGCUGGCUGACUGUGCAGAUAUGAUUCAAUAUAUUGCUUACUCGCUCACACUUCCCAACGCCCGCUCUUAUCGGCAUCAGCCUGAUUGUUAUAUACUUGGCACCUUUCUCUUAUCCUUCGAAGAUUCACCAAUCUGUCUUCGAUCUUCCAUUCGAAUCAUCAGAAACUAGCCAAUUGACCAUACAGCUGACAUGACCACCAUCGCUGGCAUCCCCGCCGGCCCGCUCGGCUUCGGCCUGAUGGGCUUCACUUGGCGACCGGUCGUCACUCCCGACGAGCAGGCUUUCGCGACCAUGAAGCGCGCUAUCGAAUUGGGUGCCACCUUCUUCAACUCGGGCGAGUUUUACGGCACUGCUGAUCCGACUGACAACCUUCAGCUUGUCAACCGUUUUUUCACCAAAUACCCCGAGUACGCUGAUAAGGUUUGUCUUUCGGUCAAAGGAGGUGCUGAUUUAAAGACACUGGCUCCUGACGGACGUCCCGAGGCUGUCCGCGCUAGCGUUAUGAACACGCUGAAAUAUCUUGGGGGAGUUAAGAAGCUUGACAUUUUCGAGUGUGCUCGCGUCGAUCCUAAAGUUCCCAUUGAGACCACCAUCGGUGCGCUGAAGGAGAUGGUUGACGAGGGUCUCUUCUCUGGUAUUUCACUCUCCGAGGUCGGCGCAGCAACCAUCCGUCGUGCUGCUGCGGUGACAAAGAUCGAGGCUGUCGAGAUUGAGUAUUCGUUGUUCUGCGUUGACGCAGCUAACAAUGGUGUCCUCGAGGCAUGCGCUGAGCUCAAAAUCCCCGUCGUCGCUUACUCUCCCCUCGGUCGCGGAAUCUUGACUGGUGCAAUCAAGUCAAAUGCUGACAUCCCUGAGGGAAGCAUACUGAAGCACUUUGAACAGUUCUCGGACGAAAACCUUCCCUUGAAUUUGAAGCUUGCCGACGCGGUGUUCACUAUGGCGAAGAAAAUUGGCUGUACGCCUGCACAGCUCGCGUUGGCGUGGAUCAAGAAGCAUGAGGAGAAGAUGCCCGGUCUCACUAUCAUCCCGAUCCCGGGUUCGACUACUCCCGAGCGCGUCAACGAGAAUUUGGCAGAGAUCAAGCCGCUCUCGGACGAGAACUUCAGCGAGCUGAACGAGAUUGUCAAGUCGAUUGAGAUCAAGGGCGGUAGAUAUUUCUCCCAUGCCGCUGCCUUGCUGUGGGCUUAGUUGACGUGUGGGGCCUGUUUUUGGGCUUUGCCAAAUCGUUUGUAUCUCUGAAUUAGCUCGGACAUAAUGAAUUCAAAAUAUGUAGAUAUUAUUGAGAAGGUCAUAUCGCAUCAAAGAAGGGAAUGCAAUUCGUGAAAGCGUCAUGA